AUGGCACUUCGAAAAAUCAAAGCUCGUCAGAUAUUUGAUAGCAGAGGCGAACCGACUUUGGAAGUUGAUGUGAUCACUGAUAUCGGCUUAUUCAGAUCAUCGGUUCCUUCUACCGUGUUACUUAAUCCAAAUCAGGCGCGCGAGAUUCGAGAUGAGAACAUGAUGGCUUAUCACGGUCGCUCAGUAUUCAAAGUUGUCGAUAUCAUCAACAACGUGAUUGCUCCUCAACUGAUAAAAUCAAAGCUAGAAGUUUGUCAACAAACGGAGAUAGACGAGUUGCUGAACAAGUUAGAUGGUACAGAGAAUAAGUCGAGACUUGGAGUUAACGCUAUCCUCGGAGUCUCCGUGGCCUGUUGCAAAGCCGGUGCUGCUAAAAAAGGUCUACCAGUUUACAGAUACAUUGCUGAAUUGGCAGAAAACAAUAAAUUAUGCAUACCUGUGCCGAGUUUUAGUAUGAUCAACGGAGGACGAUAUGCUGGCAAUAAUUUAUCGUAUCAAGAAUUUAUGAUAUUACCCAUAGGUGCUGAGAAUUUUGCCGAUGCCGUAAAAAUGGCUACCGAAAUGUAUCGAAUACUAGAGAGAAAAAUCAUUACUGCUAAACAAAUACAAGGGCCGCUCCUGAUUAACGACAAUGGAGCCUUCGCUCCUGAUUUGGAAAACGACGAAAUCGCUUUGACCUUUUUAGACGCGUCCAUCAGAGACGCGGGUUAUGAAGGAAAAAUUAAAAUAGCGCUGGACGUCGCAGCGAGCGCUUUUUAUAAAAAAGGAAAAUACGACUUAGCGUUUAAAACAAAGGAUUCCGAUCCCACUAAUUACUUGGAAGCAGAGGCUUUAAGAGAUCAGUAUCUAAGAUAUCUCUCAAAAUUUCCAGCGAUACUCUCAAUCAAAGAUCCUUUCGAACAAGAAGACUGGAACAGUUGGUUAAUGAUUGCUCAUCAAGGAAUUCAAGUAGUCAGCGAUGAUCUCACAGCAAUGAAUAUCGAGAGAAUCGAAGAAGCAAUGAAUAGAAAUAUAGCAAACUGUCUCGUCUUGAGAAUAUCACAGAUCGGCACUGUGACAGAGGUUAUUAAUUGCGCAAAAAUGGCGAUAAUCAACAAUUGGAGUUAUAUCAUGAGUGCAAGCCAGGGUGAGACAGAAGAUAAUUUUAUCGCAGAUUUAGCGGUUGGACUUUCCGCUGGCCAAUUCAAAGCUGGAGCACCUUGCAGGGGUGAAAGAAUGAGCAAAUAUAAUCAAAUAUUAAGAAUUGAAGAGGAACUUGGUAAAGAUGCCAAAUACGUCGGAACAAAAUAUCAAAAUCCUCUAAUGAAAUAAUCUUGUGGAUAGUUACGUGCCAC